UCCGCGGACGGGCUUCACGCGCGAGAACCUGGAGUGGCUGGAGCAGCUGUUCCGCCAGGCUUUGGGUCACAAGCAGGAACUCUCCUUCGAUGACUUCAAGAAAAUCGUCCAUUCUCGGAACUCGUUCUUCGCCGAGCGGGUGUUCCAGAUCUUCGACAGGGACAACAGCGGCACCGUCUCCCUCUCGGAGUUCCUCGACGCCAUGCACCAGUUCGCCGGGAAGUCGCCCAAUGACAAGAUCAAGUUCCUCUUCAAAGUGUAUGACUUGGACGGAGACGGGCUCAUCCAGCAAAGCGAGCUGCAGAAGGUCAUGAAGGCCUGCAUGGAGGAGAACGGCAUGAAAUUCAGCGACGAGCAAAUCGAGGACCUGACCCUGGCGUUGUUCGAGGACGCCGACACGCAGAGGACGGGCGCCAUCACCUACGAGUCCCUGAAGGCGCAGCUGGAGAAACACGAUGGCUUGCUGGAGAACUUGUCGAUCAGCAUCGACCGCUGGCUCGUCCCUCCCAACAUCCGGACGGAGAAGGAGUCCAUCUGGAAACGCGUGGCCAAGCUAAGGCCUUAUCAGCUGACGUUGCCCUACCUGAAGAACAAUUACGUCUACCUGAUCUUCCUGCUGGUGUACAUAGCCAUCAACCUGGGUCUGUUCAUCUCCCGCGCCAUCGAAUACAGAACGGCAAAUUGGUAUACGAUCUUCGCCAGAGCCUGUGGUCAAUGUCUGAACUUCAACUGCAUGUUCGUCCUCGUAUUGAUGCUGCGACAAUGCAUCACGUAUCUGAGAUCACUAGGAGCAUCGGCCUUUCUGCCUCUGGACCAGCAUCUCUAUCUGCAUAAACUCUGCGGGUGGUUGAUCUUCAUUUUCUCCUUGGUACACACGCUGAUGCAUCUACUUAAUUUUUCGCUGGUCGUCGCGCCGGCCUCAGACUACACUUUGGCCGAGUGGUUGUUCACGAUGAAACCGGAGAAGUUUGGGCUCCUGGAGGGCAUAGCUAACCCCACCGGCAUCGCCCUUAUGAUCAUCUUGACUCUGAUGGUGAUCUGUUCGCUUCCCUUCGUCCGCAAGUCGGGGUAUUUUGAGGUCUUCUACUGGACUCAUCUGCUGUACGUGGCUUUCUGGAUCCUGACCAUCCUCCACGGACCCAACUUUUGGAAGUGGUUUGUGGCGCCGGGGAUCAUCUUCGUCAUCGAGAGAGUCCACCGUACGUUCAGGCUACGUACGGGCCAUGGCAAGACGUAUAUCAGCUCUGGUGUCCUGCUGCCGUCCAAGGUGAUCCAUUUGGUAAUCAAGCGGCCCGGAGGUUUCCAGUUCCAUCCCGGAGACUACGUGUUUGUCAACAUCCCGACCAUCGCUAAGUACGAGUGGCAUCCGUUUACCAUUUCUUCGGCGCCGGAGCAGGGAGACGCCGUUUGGUUGCACAUCCGCGCCGUUGGAGAAUGGACUAACAGGCUCUACGGAUACUUCGAACGCGAGCAGUUGAGGUGUGAGAGACAGAGGUGCGAGAUCCAAGGGCAAACGUCUUCUGUGUCUGUGUUUAUGGCUGAUGGCGAGAACGUGGAGGUGAGGAUGCAUCCGAGCAGUGAAUUGCAUUCACACGAUAAUUCCAGCAAGCUUGCAAUUACGAACGAAGUUGCUUCUCCAGAAGGCGCGUCCUGUAGCACCGAGCAGACGGUCGAGAACGGCUACACCAACGAGGGCUUCGAACAUGACACCAACGGGAACGCUGCGGUGGACCAGGAAGCAACGGCCUCUCCCCCGAAGAACUACAAGCUCCUGGCGAACCACAAGAACCAGUCGGCGCCCAGCUUGGUUCACAACAACGUCAACGGCAAGAAAGUGCUCAUGAAGUCCCGAUCGGUUCCUGAUUUCGACAGGAAAGUUGAGAGGAGGAAGAAGAAUCACAUACUGCUGAACAAUUUCCGUCCAAAGUCUGACCAGAAGUUCAACCAGAGCACCUUGAAUAAAGCUCUACAAGCGACUCUAGACGGCGACGUCCAAAUGCCAUCGAGAAGAGAGCUUGCAAAGAGCUUUAGGUACAUGAGACGGAAACCGAAAAUCAUCACCCUAGACCUUCCAUCGGAAUCUGAGGGCGAGGAGGAGGAGGAGGCGGCAGUGGCAGACACCGUAGGGAAGGAGACCGUGCUUGCAGUGGAGGAGGGCAGGAAAAGUUACGCCGUGAGCCAAGAGGAACAGCGCCAGAGGAGGAAAUCGAGGCAGGAGGAGAGGCGAGUGAGGAAGAAGAGUAGGAUGGAGGAAGUGAUCGCCGAAGGAGGUUGCGCCGUCGGGAAGCCUCUGGUGAUUUACGUCGACGGUCCCUUCGGCGCGCCUUCCAGCCAUAUCUUCCGAGCUCAACAUGCAGUGCUGAUUGGUACAGGCAUUGGAGUCACGCCCUUUGCCUCUAUCCUGCAGUCGAUCAUGCACAAGUACUGGAAGGCUCGUCACGUGUGCCCCAAUUGCAGUUAUUCAUGGACCAACGAUGUGCCUGACAGUGUUAUGAAUCUUCGAAAGGUGGACUUCUUCUGGAUCAACCGAGACCAACGUUCAUUCGAGUGGUUCGUGAACCUGUUGUCUCAGUUGGAGAUCGAACAGGCGGAACAUGGCGGCGUGAUGGAGAGGUUCUUGGAUAUGCACAUGUACAUUACUUCAGCGCUUCAGAAGACUGAUAUGAAGGCAGUGGGGCUUCAGUUGGCUUUGGAUUUACUGCACGAAAAGGAAAAGCGAGAUCUCAUCACAGGAUUGAAGACGCGUACAAAUGCUGGAAGACCAAAUUGGGAUAAAGUCUUCAAGCAACUGCAAAACCAACAGAAGGGAAAAAUCACCGUGUUUUACUGUGGUCCGCCUGCCCUUGCCCGCACGCUACGCUAUAAGUGUGAUGAAUAUGGUUUCGACUUCCGCAAAGAGAUCUUCUAAGAGAAAAUAUACUCGCAAGAUGGAGGAUCUUCUGUGGAAAUAUACGUGAUAAGAGGAUCUAAGAGACUUUAUUGCCAAAAAACAAAAGAAAAAGGAUCUGUGCAAGCUACUUGGAGAAGAAUGAAUGAAAGUGAUAUUCCCGAAGAAAUCUGGGAAAAAAUUACUAUAUCAAAGAAAAUGUCCAGAAGCUGAUCUGUAGAGAAAAAUUAUUUGAAGAUGUAGAGAACAGUUUUUCUUUCAUUUCUUUUGAGAUUCUUUUUUUUAGAGUUUAGGUAUGUUUUUAAUUUAUAUUUUAUAGUAAGUUUCUGUGCAGUGUAUCCGGGAAGAGUGUUCCAUAAACAUUCAUUUUUUCCCGCCAAUACUCGACAGGAAGAUGAUAUCACAUUUACAUAACAAACUAUAACUUCAAGUCCUUUGGCAUAUAUUGACCAUUUGAUUUAAAAAAAGUAAAUUUGAAAUUACCUGAAAAUAUAUUAGGACAAACCGUGUUCAUGAUCUUAUGUGUAUAUUUUGUCAGUUUGUUUGUCUGCUUCAGAUGCAUUUAAUAUCAAUUUUAUAAAUAUCUCAAUUCUCACUCUAUUUAACUAUUUGUGAUCUUCCUAUAGUAGAAUGACUUCCCAUAUUUCUUUUUUUUUUCCUGCAUUGUAACAUACAUUUACAUAAUACGUAGUUCAAUGCUUCGUUUGUGACAGAGUCGGGUCUUGUAGGUUUAUAUACUCGAGUUUAUUCUCACUGUAAAUUCCACGUCUUUUUCCAAUGACUUUGCUUAACUGUGAUUCCUUAAUGAUGUAGUUUUAAUGCCACUUUGAUCUGAUUCUGCUGCUAAAUUUUUAUUUUAUAUCGAGCCAGAGAGUUCCUUGACCCAUGAUAUUUCAAAGUCUUAGCAAACUUUGAUUAUCGGCUGUAGCGGCUCCUCUGUGUGUGUGUGUGUGUGUGUGUGUGUGUGUGUGUGUGUGUGUGUGUGUGUGUGUGUGUGUCCAUAAGUUUGUGAUUUUUGUGGAAGUUCUUUUUAUAAUAGCAACGAAUAGCCUAAAAAAUAUACCAACGAAGUUAUUUUCUGAAGUAACAGUUCUUACCUGAAGAUCUUAUACUUUUUUGUAUUUGUAUUUAUGAUUAAGAAACUGAUUUUAUAAAAAUCAUGUAAAUCUCUUUUUGGAUACUGAUUAUGCGAGAUGAGUUAGCGCUGGUUUGUGAUUAAUGAAGAAGAUAUUGGUGUAAAUAUAUUUUUCAUGUUUAUAAAUAUCUGAAGUGUGAAACACUAUUGUAAUGAUCUUAAAUACAUAUUUUACUCUAAUUAAGUGAUAUUACGUAGAAUAAUUGUGAGUAUUUGUCUUUCAAAAGUGUAGUUUUAGUAAGAUAAGGACAUUAUUAUUAGCAGAAUAUUAAGGUGCCUGUAUGUAUAAAUUUUGAUAUUUUUUAUACGUUUCCUCUCAUGAAUUAAGAAGCCAGUGAAAUAGAUUUUUAUAUAUUAUAUUUUUUUCAACUAUAACUAACGCAGAAAUAGAUAAGCAAUAUAUAUGUAUGUAUGUAUGUAUAUGUAUAUAUAUAUAUAUAUAUAUAUAUAUAUAUAUAUAUAUAUAUAUAUAUAUAUAUAUAUAUAUAUAUACAUAUGAUACUCAUUGUUUUUGAAGACUAGGGCGUGUGCCAAAUAACAUAAGAUAUGUCUUAUGUUACAUAUGCAAAACAAAGCUAUUUGCUUAAGGUGAAACAUAUUUGUCAAUGCUUGCUUCAUAACCAUUUAAAAAAAAGAAACAAGGUAUGUAAUACCGUGAUGGUAAAAAAAAAAACCACAAUAUAUAUAAUUAACAUAACCGUUAGUCAUGUAAAUAAUUUUCUUGCUUCAUAUACUGUAUUUAAACUACCAUAUAUUCAUCAUAUAAUGUUUACUUUUCCUUAAUGGUAAAGCGUUGCAGUUGUGUUAUAUAUCAUAUAUAUAUAUUAUAAAUAUUUUAUAUAUUAUAUAUACAAUAUAUAUAUGAUAUGUAUAUAUAUUAUAUAUAUAUGAUAUAUAUUAAGAUAUUAUUUAUGGUAAUUUACAUUUUAUUGCCUGUAUAUAUAUGCAAAGUAUUAGCUGGGCUUGUAUUCUGUAUUCUUUGAAACAAAUAUAUAUUUUCUAAAUGAUUAAUUUUGUUUUUCCAAAAAAAAAAAGAUAUAUAAUUGCGUCCGUGGUUUGGGAGAAGCAUUUUUAUAAUAACAUCGAAGUAGCGACUCAGUUUCUUGUCCAAUUUGUAGGAUUAAAGGUACAUUACAUGGCCAAUAGUAACAUUUGUUAAAAUUACUGGAAAAAAAAAUGGAAUGAAUUAUGAAUAAUGGUGUAGGAGGCUGAAUAUGGCCUUAUAAUUCUUUAUUCCUCUUUGCCAAGAUGGAUUUUCAGAAAUGAAAGUAUUUCAAAGAGAGGAUCAACGUUUGAAUGAAAAUAUCCAUAUGCUUGCAAUCUCUUUUA